GGCGAAAAGAGUCUCGCCUUCUACGCAUGUGCGUCCUUUCCUCCCCUUCUCCUGGAAAGGCUGUUUUGCGCCUGCGUGGUCGGAAGAACCUCUGGCCCGGAGACCGCAGAAAGUCCAAAAGGGGCUUCCAGGUCUCUGAUCAAAGUUUUGCCAUCUCAGCCAGUUCCAACAACUUUCACUAUCCAGUCUUCCAUUGUAGGCUUCUAAUUGGAGUCCCAAUGGUUCCUUUGUAUCGGUCCCUGGGAUUGGCUCUUCCCCAGUUAAGCAGGGCAACAAAUAUACGAAAUUUCAGCCUCAGCAAUGUGUGCAGUUAUAUCCAGAAGCUGACUCGUGUGCGAGUGGUUGAUAACAGCACCUUGGGGAACACGCCGUAUCACCGGCCUCCAAAAUGUAUCCACGUCUACACCAAAAACGGAGUGGGCAAAGUGGGUGACCGAAUUCUUCUGGCUAUCAAAGGGGAAAAGAAAAAGGCGUUAAUUGUCGGAUGCAAGUUUCCAGGGCCCCGCAUGACUCCUCGGUUUGAUUCUAACAACGUGGUGCUCAUCGAAGAUAAUGGGAAUCCAGUUGGGACACGGAUCAAAGCUCCCAUACCUUCUCUGCUGAGGAAAAAAAAAGAAUUCUCCAAAGUGUUGGCCAUCGCCACAGAGUUUGUAUGACUACCCGGGAGGCCCUGCGUGACAAACAAGGGGAUGUUUGUGGGACUGUCCCUUGAGUUGCAUUUCUCUUUUCAUUCCCAGAAUUGAGGAAGAAGUGUUUGAAAAAAAGUAGGAAGAGGAUGGCGAGGAGUGCUAAGACAUCUUUGGGGGAAAAUACACUUUCCAUUAUUUUGGGUAAACAGUUGUUCUUCUGAACUAGUUUAAUUAAAGACGGAGUGUUAAUUAAAGGCAGAGUAUUUUGUAUGAUUUAUGCUUUUGAAAGAGGUGGAAAAGGAGAAAGCAAAGGCUGGAAGCCUGAGAGGGCCAUUCAGAGUGUCAAAAUAUUUGACCAUAAUCUGUUCUUUUCUAUUAAUCUCCACUUAUUUUUGUGGGUUAUUUCUUUCCCAGUUUUAUUUUGUUAAAACAUUCUGUGCAUUGCUCAGAUUCCAACCAGCAAUAACUUUAUAAGUAAAUUCCAGCAUGGUUUUAUGCUAUUGAUAAAGGCAAAUAAAAAGGAAAUAAAGGUCAUAAAUAACAUUACUAUGUUACUAUGCUUCCGAAAUGGUUUUUCACAAUUAAAUCCUGAUACCGUGUCCAUCUUUCCAGCCUUCAUAAAUUAUGAGGCCUUGGGAUAUUCAGGUUACCCAUGUACCAUUGGGUGGUUUCCAAUUGCUCAGUCCUUUGUUUUUUUCUUUCUUUUUAUCUGCAGUCUUUGCCAUAUUAACCCCGAUUCUGUAUUGCUAGCUGAAUAAAUUAGGGGCACUGAAUAUAAACUA